UCACAUAGAAUAUUGCCUCAUCAAUAUGACCGUUACAAAUCAGAAUUGGUCUGGGCUCCUCGACCUGUUUGUGACCCCUCGGGGUUCCACCUCCGAGAAGCUUUGCGGUUGCUCGCGUUUCGAUCGAGUUUUGCGACUCCUCGUAGCCUUAGAAUCACGGUUGAGGUAUGUUAUGUUAUAUUAAUGCUUGAGAGGCGGAGCGUGUGGUUUUAAGGUGUAGAACGAUCUUGGGUUCGAAGAGAAUGGAGGAUAGUGGCAAUGGAAAAGGGUCGUUCUUCGCGUGCUACUUGCUGACCUCGCUCAAUCCACGCUACAAGGGAUGCCACUACAUUGGAUUCACAGUGAACCCUCGUCGUCGAAUCCGGCAGCACAACGGAGAAUUGACGUCUGGUGCGUGGCGCACUCACAGGAAGAGGCCCUGGGACAUGAUCCUCUGUGUCUACGGGUUUGCUUGUCAGGUAGAGGCGUUGCAAUUUGAAUGGGCAUGGCAACAUCCUUUGAAAUCGCUGGUUGUGAGGGAAGCAGCGGGUCGUAUUCCAUCUUCAGUUCGUGGUCUGAAGAAGCAAUUUUAUCUGCUGUUUACCAUGCUGAACUGUGAUAAAUGGAGCGCCAUGGAUCUGAAUGUUCAAUUUUUUUCAAGCAAAUAUAUUGAUUACAGAAAAGGAUGUCCAGGUCUGCCUCCUCACAUGGGGUUAUCCAUUGCACCAGUUGAAUCAUUACCGGUGACUGCGGAGGAAGCAGAUUCUGAAUUGGAUAUGGAAAUGGAGAAGGAAACGGAGAGGGGAGGAAGCCGAGAAACAUCAAACGUUGAAGGAAGCAGAGAUGAACUAUUCGAUGUUGAAUCUAGAUCCUUUGACUUCGAAGAAGAUGACUUGAAUCCACCAAUAGUGCCUCAAGAUUGCUGGAGCAAUGGAACCGGAAGAGUGGAAUCCUUAGAUAGAGCGAAAAAGCAGAGCAAACUUCCGGAUGCAUCUAAAUUUGAGGGGACCUCCGCGAGUUUAUACACUUCAUCUAUCUCACAGCCGUUGGUCAUUUCUACGAAGGUGUCGGGAACCUUAGAAGAGGUUGAAGCAGAGAAUUUAAGGGAUAGAAGACAGACGGCAGACACUCCAAUUGCUGAUAACUUCUCCAUUCGAACGGUACCUAUGGUUAACACAGACUUGUUGCGAACUCGACACAGACACACACGAGGACCUACACUUCGCACGGAAGCGGAAAGCUCUUUUUCAGUAUGCAUCCUAGAAACCCCUCCAACAAUUCCUUGCCGCGCCAAAACUAUAGCCGGUCAAGAUGCUCCAGCUCAGAGCAAAAUGGAAAUGAAGCCAAUUCGAGAUAUUCAGGAGUGCGAAAGUCGUUGUAGUGAUGAUUGGUGUGAGUUACCAUCUCCCCAGGCUCUAUCGCCUUUGCCAUAUGCUCGAAGUGCACUAGAUAGUGACACGGCAUCUCCAUUUUCAGCGUUGCUGGAGCGGUACUCCCUGAAGCAGCCAAGCUCAAUCGUAAAGCGGUGUCUCCAGCAAAAAGCCAAUGAAUGCAAUACGACUCGUCCUGAGUCAAGUGCGUCAACUCAGGAUUUAAGAAAAAACAGUCUUCCCGUAAACGUUGCAUGCACCCCUCCAUGUAGGCCACGGGUGGUUGUCGUGAUACCUGAUGACACGCCAAUCAUGUCUUCAAGAGAAGUAAUUGAUUUGACAGAUUCUCCCUACUGAAUCGGAAAUUUUCCCGGGAACCAUGCUCCUGCUGUUUGAAAAUUUCUGUUUUCUUCAGACCCCUGAACGUCUUUGACAUGAUGGAGAUUUCAAUCCAAGGUGGACUAAAAUUAAGAACCAUCCUAACUGUUGAACUUAUCUAUUCUAAAUUAUUUAUGGAGAUCCAAGAGUCCUGGCAAACAUCAAGAUUUACAGUUGCUUUAGGAUGACGAGACAUUCUCGUCCGUCUUGUCAAUUCAGUUUUGUUGGAGCUACUGUAUCUGUCAGAUCAGGAAGACAAGCUGAGUUGAUGAUUGACGAGUCUUGAGAACCAAAGAUUUUGGAAACGAAGAGUGCUGAAAUUUGUUGGAUAUUACAGAACUGCGAGUUCAAAGCUUCAUCCACUAAGAGAAAUCCAAGGGCACAAUGUGUCAUAAGCAUUGUGAUGUCUGAAGCUGCAAGAUCUGUGGGCAAACAACGGUGUCCGGAAAUAGGCUCAGUAUCCGGACACUCGAAGCAUUAUUUAGCCGGAAGUUACCUGAUUUCUGCUGCUGCGCUUUGUGUGUGAUGACGUUCGCAGUUCUAGCUGUGAGAACCUGGUCAACUCAAUGAUUCACAUGACAUUUAUCCUCAGUAGAUACACUAGUGCAUGGUCGCGCUUCUCUGGGCAAUCCUUCUCUGAGACACUUUGCUCUCAACCUAUGAAUUGAUAAUUAUGAAUUGCAUCCCACAGUAUGGGCAAGAGGAUGCGGCAACCUUCAGAUACUUUUCCUAGCUGUUCACGGCAGCACCUUUCCGCAGCAACUUUCCGCAGCAUUUUUACUCGUAAUCACGAUGUUCACCAUGUGAACUGAGCUUUCUUCUGUGGUAGGAAGAGAAACGUUUGUUUAUUAGUCAUGGUGAUCGUAACGAUGA